UCAUAAUACAAAGCAUCAAAACAAACUUGACUCUCCAUAACAUUUCCUCUGCCUCUCGCAAGAAGUCCAACAGGAUUCUCGACACGCUCCAAAACCAACACGAUCGAAUACCGUACACUCCGUCCUCAAUCAAAAAUGGUCAAGCCAACCACCUGCUGCGGCCGUGGUGACGAUUGCGUCUGCGCCCAGAAAGCCACAUGCUCUUGCGGCAAGCAGUCUGCGCUCCACUGCUCCUGCGACAAGAAGACCACCGAAAACACUAUUCAAGGUGCUCGAUGCUCAUGCAGAGCCCGUCCCGCCGGCCAAUGCACCUGCGACCGUGCGUCGACCGAGAACUCGGCCCCUACCGGUGACACCUGUGCCUGUGGUCAAAGAAGCGCGGGAAGCUGUACCUGUGAGAAAGCCGCAGACGGUGGCCGGUACCCUGACGAGGUGGACUUUACUGGAAAGGCCUAAACGAUCGAUCGGUGUCACACACGACACGGAGAAUGUUGUAUGACAUAUUUUAUCUCUUUCGACGGGAUUGGGAUGUAGAAGGCGUUUUUGGCCUAUGAUCACCACAACUGCACUUUGGGGGAGUUUGCACUUCAAGGAGAUAGGAAUGCAUGCGGUCAAUGAAGAUUGAACAUUGUACGGAAUAAAUGAUAUCAUCAAUAAGACCAAAAAAAACCAUAAAUUACUCGGAUGUGUUGAUGUCAAUUGACAUGAACAAUUAUGAGGAUUCUGUCCCAGCUUCUGUUCUGUGUGUAUUUGAAGUGGCAGUGCUUGUGGUGUUCUUUCUUCGCAUAUCGGAUUGUUAUGUCGAUGGAUCAUAAUGAGGGUUGGUCGUGUCCUGCUUGCUAUGUUGUAAUGUUCCUCGGGUCACGAAUACUUUGGACAUCUUGGCCCCCUUUUUGAUUCAAUCAUGGCGACCCUCACCAACAAAAUCUUGUCGGUCGCUACAUGUGAGACAGCGCCAUGUACCAUCAUAGACCCGUUCUCUCACAAUCCUUGCAGACAAGUCACAACAAACAUUUAGCCCGGAUCGGCAGCUCGACCGGAUUACAAUUGAACCUCUCGUGGUGGCGCAAGGCCUGGCCUUUUUCUGGGAGUUCCCACUCGAACGCCAGGACCAUUGCUGCGAUGCAGAUCGACAACUCCAUGUACGCGAGGUUCCGCCCAAUACAGGCCCGUGGGCCUAGGCUGAACGGCAGGACAUAGUCCUUCAAGUUUUGUCGUUCCUCGUCGGAAGCGACACCGGAUUCGGGAAUCCAGCGGUCGGGAACCCAUUGAUCCGCACGGUAAAACAGGUCUUCUCGUCGAUGCAAACUCCAAGUCUGAGCAGACACCGUCACACCUGCAGCGACCAGUUCGCCGUCGAUGAGUGUCGGUUCAGUCGUCAGACGGGGUAGACCGGUGCCGAGAGGCGUUUGGAGGCGAAAGGACUCGUCCAAAACGGCACGCAGGUAAGGGAUGUGGCGUAGGAUCUCGUAAGGAGCAAUGGGGAUGUGUUUUUGGUCCAGUCGGGAUUGGAGUAUGCCGCGCAGCUUUUGUUGUGUCGACCGGUUGGCGGCGAGAAAGUACAUGGUGUUGGUCAGUGACGUCUGCGUCGUGUCGUUGCCGGCGUUCAACAUGACACCGCUCUCGGCGACGAUCUCGUCGAGGCUCAUGGGAUGAGCACAACGUUUGGCGGUCGGCAGGGUCGGGAGAUUCGAAAACAGGUCCGGUUCGCUCGGAGGACUGUUCAGUCGUGUCUUGGCCAGGUGACGUGCCAUGUCGGUAAAGGUGUUGCCGCAUUGGGUUCGUCGAGUCCAGCCGAGUAGGACGUUGCGCAUGAGAUUAUACCAAAACGGUGAGAGAUGGCCGAGGAGGACGCUGUGUCCGGCUCCGGUGUGGAACGUACUCAUGGCGUUGACCGUUUUGAUGGAUCCAUCUGCCGUCUCAGCAAGACAGUCGUCGUUUCCACGGUCCAGAAAUCCAUACGUUUGAGACCAGAAGACGUUGGUGAUGGCAUCGUAGGAGAACAUGUUCAUCCAGGGUCGAAGGUCGAACACGCCAUUCGUGACUUCAAAUCGGUCCGUCUCGGCCAUCUUGAGACCUUUUGAUUUUUGCUCGAGCGCGUGUAUCAGUUUCCUCACCACUUCCAUAACGCGAGGCUCCAUCGAGGUGAUUUGUCCCGGUGCAAACACGUGAGCCAGGUUUCGUCUUUUGCCCCGGUGGACUUCCUUGUCCGAGGCUUCCGCCAUGUUGGGAUUGCCUCCUCCCUGGUUGUCGUAGAAGGUGUCCUUUCGCAAGGAGGCUCCAUGUCCGUAGAUGUCUUUAAAUGCUUGAGGCGAAGAGAAGGAGAGAUGCGAUGGGCCGAGUCGAACAACCAGUCCAAGUUCUUUGUGUACACGAUCGACGGCCAAGAAUUUCUGUCCAUGCCA